AUGGAGGCUCCCUUCAGCCCCUCAACUCCGUCGCCGGCGCCCAACCUCUCCGUACCCAUCUCGCUGGGCUGGGGUCUCAACCUGACUUCCGGACAGGGAGCCCCCGGACAAGGAGCGCCUGUCCCGGGACCCCCGCCUCCUCCGCCUCCGCCGCCGUCCGGGCCGCCCAGCCGCCGCGUCCGCCUGGUCUUCCUGGGGGUCAUCCUGGUGGUGACGGUGGCCGGCAACGCCACGGUGCUGUGUCGCCUGUGCGGCGGCGGCGGCGGCGGGCCCUGGCCGGGUCCCAAGCGUCGCAAGAUGGACUUCCUGCUGGUGCAGCUGGCCCUGGCCGACCUGUACGCGGGCGGGGGCACCGCGCUGUCGCAGCUGGCUUGGGAACUGCUGGGCGAGCCGCGCCGGGCCGCGGGCGACCUGGCGUGCCGCUGCGUGCACCUCCUGCGGGCGUCCGGCCGCGCCGCCUCGGCCCACCUCGUGGCGCUCAUCGCCCUCGAGCGCCAGCGCGCCGUGCGCCGUCCGCAGGGCCCGCCGCUGCCGGCGCGCGCCCUCGCCGCCCUGGGCUGGCUGCUGGCGCUGCUGCUGGCGCUGCCCGCCGCCUUCGUGGUGCGCGGGGGCGCCCCCUCGCCGCCGCCGCCCGCCGCGCCCCCGCCCGCCCGCGCCUGGCCCGGGGAGCGCCGCUGCCACGACAUCUUCGCGCCGCUGCCGCGCUGGCACCUGAUGCUGUACGCGCUCUACGAGGCCUUGGCUGGCUUCGCGGCGCCGGCCGCGGUCAUGAGCGUCGCGGGCGGCCGCCUCCUCCGCGCCUGGCGGCCGCGCCAGCCCCAGGCCCCAUCGGCGGCUGCGGCACCCAGGUCAGCUAGUCCGGGCCAGGCCUCCGGGCCCAACGUGCUGCCGCGCGCCAAGGUGCAGAGCCUCAAGAUGAGCCUAGUGCUGGCGCUGCUGUUCGUGGGGUGCCAGCUGCCCUACUUCGCCGCCCGGCUGGCAGCCACGUGGUCGUCUGGACCCGUGGGGGACUGGGAGACCGACGACCUGGCGGUUGCGCUGCGCCUCGUGGGGGUGGCCAACAGCGCCCUCGAUCCCUUCGUCUACCUGUUCUUCCAGGCGGGCGGCUGUCGGCUCCGGCGGCGCCUGCGGAGGCGCCUGGGCGCGCUGUGCUGCCCGCCGGAAGGAGUCGAGGAGGACGAGGAGGGGGCUCGGGGCCACCAGGCUCUCCACCGCCACCGCUGGCCCCACCCGCAUUAUCACCACGCCCGGCGGGAGCAGGCCGAGCAGGGUUACCUGCGCCCACCGCCGCCGCGCCCCCGGCCGCCGCCCUGCUCCUGCGAAAGCGUCUUCUAG